GAACCCAAGAAUAUUCUUAAUUUAUUCAUAUAUUAUAUUGUAUAAAGUAUAAUAGAUAGGUAGUUAAUUUGAUAAUAUUAGUUUGUUAAAUUUGUUUAAAAUUAAACCGACAGGCGACAGCACAACGACGAUAAGACGUUAUCACGACAUCACGUAGUGAUGGUACAAUUUUUAUUUUAGUUUUGAUUUGUAUUUUGUAAUGAGCGAGAUUAUUCAUUAAAGUUUAAAAUAAAUGUUAUAUGUAUCUAUCAAAAGUUUUACAAAAAUUUAUUUCUAACAUUUUGCCAACACAAACAUUCAAAAUGGUAAAAUAUUUAAAACAAGACGAGGCCAUCAACAUCGAUCAAGAACUGUUUAAUGUGUAUAAAUUUAGUGUUGAUCAACUAAUGGAACUGGCUGGCUUAAGUUGCGCAACAGCUAUACAAAAAUGCUUUCCACCAAUUAGUCAUCAUAGAGUAUUGGUGAUCUGUGGACCAGGUAACAAUGGUGGUGACGGUCUAGUGUGUGCGAGGCAUAUGAAAUUGUUUGGUUAUUCACCCGAAGUAUAUUAUCCUGUGCGAACAGACAAACUUUUGUACAGUAAUCUUGUGCAUCAGUGCGAGGCAUCUAGUGUACAUGUGUCUGAUUCCUUGUCCGACAACAUAUUCACAUAUGACCUCAUAGUAGAUGCAUUGUUUGGUUUUAGUUUCAAGCCUCCAGUGCGAGCAAAAUUCCUACCUGCCAUAAAUGCAUUGAAAAAUAUCGACAAACCAAUCUGUAGUAUAGAUAUCCCGAGUGGUUGGAGCAUAGAAGGAGUUCCUGAAAGCGAUGCAAUUAAUCCAGAGCUGUUGAUUUCAUUAACAGCACCAAAAGAAUGUGCCAGAAAUUUCAAAGGAAAAUAUCAUUAUUUAGGUGGAAGAUUCAUACCCAAAAAGUUGGAAGAAAAAUACCAAUUGAAAUUGCCUGCAUAUCCUGACGCAGAAUGUUGUGUAAAAUUAUAAAAUUGCAUACAUGAUACAUGCAAUAUAUAAUUUAAAAAUUAUUUUUAAAUUGUGUAUACUUGUUUUUGGUUGAUCCAGAAAAAUGUUAAAUAAAAAAUAAAUGUAAAUUAUACUUUACUUUUAUGUAUAAUUAUAGUAAAAAAUGUAUUAAUAUUUCAAAUAAUUAAUAAAAUUUAUUAUUAACACAAUGUAA